CUUCCCAGCCCCAGCUUAGCUAAGGAAAAAGAAGAUGAUGUCUCCUGGACACCAUUCCAAAAAGGAGUUUUGCGGUUGGAAGGCACUUACCCAAGCACCCUGCAGGCAGCCACCUCUCCAUGAGUCCAGGAUGUCAAGAUAAUUCACUGCUAAAAAGGGAUGAACAAAACCAUGAACUUCAUACUCCUCCUCUGAAUAGGAAUUUCUCAGGAUAUAACCAAAAGAAACUUCAGGAGGAAAAUACUAAAUUAAAGCAUGAACUAGAAGAUUUAAGAAGUCUGUAUGAACAGCUUAUAGAAGAAGGGAAGAGUGAAUGUUUUGAUGAAAGACGUGUCAGUCUUUUGAAGGCACAAGUAAUGCAGCUGGAGAGGCAGGUGGUCCUACUUACAGAAGGAUUAAGUUCUCGAGCAGUCCUUAUGCUGGAGUUAAAGAAUUCUUUAGAGUCUCUGACUGAGAAACUCAGGUCUUUACUUGACUUUGAAAACCAUUCCUCUGAAAUACUAGUUGCCCGAGCUGAACUUAUACAAAUGAUUGAAAUAUGUCAGGUCCUGAGAAACAGACUGCAAAGAAAUCAUCAAGCCACUGGUAUGGAUAAUCUUACAUUAUCGUGGAUGAUAUCAGGAAGAAACCUAGAAAAACAACCUAUGACCCUCAUAGACCUUUGCUAUGGGAAGACAGAAAAUUUAAACCUACGAUAUCUGAGUGCUCUUGAAGGAAAACUCAGCAAGUUGCUCAAACACCUGCUUGCCAUGAGGCAAACACUGAGCUUCAUACUUGCCCCAGGACAGGAGUCCUGUGAGAAAGCUCAUCAGCUACUACCAACUGUUGUUUAUGCUAGAUUGCUAAAUCAUGUGACUAGAUGUCAUCAAUCUCUGGAGGAAUGCUGCAGCGACUUGCUUGUUUUGACACUUAUUGUACCAUCUGCACCUUGGGUGAGUUACAAGUCAAGGCUUCAUAUUUUUAAAUUCACUCAUAAAAACAUGCCAUUUUAG